AUAAAAAUUCACAGAAGCACUAGAAAGAAACACUCCAAAUCCCUCUCUCACUGAACUCCCCAAAAUCCAGAUCCACCCCCAAAUCAUGUCCAGCGCCGCUGCGCAGCUCGAUCAAUCGGGCUCAAUCGACCCGAUUUUCCACGCCGUUCGAGUCCUACCGUUCUCCUUCCUCCGCCCGCCGCGCCUCCGCUUGAAGCUGCCGUCUUUCAGCCUCCCCUCUGCCAUGACGGUCUACGCUCUCAUCCUCCUCACCUACUUCAUGGUCGUCUCCGGAUUCGUCUACGACGUCAUCGUCGAGCCUCCCGGCAUCGGAUCCACGCAGGACCGCUUCACCGGGGCGGUCCGCCCGGUCGUAUUCAUGCCGGGCCGGGUCAACGGCCAGUACAUCAUCGAGGGGCUCUCGUCGGGCUUCAUGUUCGUGCUCGGCGGCACCGGGAUCGUGUUGCUGGAUCUCGCUCUCGAUAAGAAUCGAGCUAAGAGUGUUAAGGGGGUUCCUAAUGCAUCCUUAGUAUGGCAUUUAUUCAGAAUUCUGAUAGAAGCUGUGGUGUGACGUGCUCAGUGUGUGCCAAGCAUUUUGUGUAGUAAAGUUCUGUCUACCCUAUUGUUUGUGGAUAAAAGGAAUCAAUUCAAGCAUCUAUUAAAAUUAGAGGUUUUUCUUAUUAGAAAAUUUUAACUCUUUCUUAUGUUAUUUCUGUUCUCGUUGGUAGAUGUGUGGUAUUUCUGUUUCUUAAGUAGCAUGAACCUUUAACUUAUCUAUCUUCAUAUUGAGUAGCCAUCUUCUUUGCGGUAUAUGAAUUCAGUAAGCCCUUUGUCACCACAUAACCGUAUGCGGUGAGGUCUUUUGCUUUAUUCUUCUUUCUUAGCAUUAUACACACCGCAAGUUGAACCAAGUUUUUGCAUGUGAUCGAUUAUUAACCUUAGAAAAUAGUUAAUUUAACCUAUUUAUGUGGAGUUAUCAAAUGUAGAUGGGGUAAGGUUACUCUGCCUUUCUUUGUCUUUAUCCUAUCAUGUUCUGAUCUACCUUUUUUAGUUUUUGCAAAAAUUGAUACAGGAUAAGUAGCCAAAAUCAGUAAAAUAAUUCUUCGAAGAAACAGAUUGUGGUUUACUUACUGUGGCUAGCUAAGAGCUUGUUUGUUUGGAAAUAUACUAAAACAAUUAGAUAUAUUGGAUAAGCACCAUGAUUAUUAUAGUGCACAAGUGGAGAUUGCAAAUUAUUAGCAUUACGUAAGAUUCAAGUGUCUGAUCUAUUUUGUGUAUUUUGUUACUUUUGUAUGUGAAUUAAGAUAAUAAGAUUAGAAGAGAUUUGAUGUUUACAACCCUGGAAUUUUCCUGAAAUCCCACCCCUGCGGUUGCCCUUGUUCUUUUGCUUCCCCCACGUUUAUAGCUUGCAAUGUGAGAGGAUCUCCCUCCUCCACCCGCAUUUACUGCCACCCCCUGUUCUUCAACUUGCGAAGCAGAGUGUUGCCCUGAUUCCGAUCAUAGGUGUAACAUAUCGCUCUUAUUUAAGGUUUUGACCAUGGCUAACUCA